UUUUGUUGGGACCUGGGAGAGAAAAUCAUCCCGCAGAGGUAACAGACUGGGAAGAAAAGAAGAAAGAGAAACAAGAUACAAACCAUGGAAAUGUGCGAGGUUGUUGUUUAGUCGUCUACGAUGCAAGAGGACGUCCUUUCACUGUGAAUUCACCCGAGGAGGUUUCUGUGUGGUACUGUAACCUUCCCUCUCCCCCAUCAUGCUGAGUUUCCUGCGCAGGACGCUGGGGCGACGCUCCAUCCGGAAACAUGCAGAGAAAACUCGAUUACGGGAGGCCCAGCGCGCCACGACACACAUCCCUGCUGCAGGGGAUGCAAAGUCUAUCAUCACCUGCCGUGUAUCCUUACUGGACGGGACAGAUGUCAGCGUUGACCUGCCGAAAAAAGCCAAAGGUGAGGAGCUGUUUGACCAGAUCAUGUACCAUCUGGACAUUGUAGAGAAAGACUACUUCGGGCUGCGCUUCAUGGACUCGGCACAAGUGCCGCACUGGCUCGAUGUUACUAAAAGUAUCAAAAAGCAAGUGAAAAUCGGCCCACCAUACUGCCUUCACAUGAGAGUCAAGUUUUACUCCUCAGAACCGAACAAUCUGCACGAGGAGCUUACCAGAUACCUAUUUGUGUUACAGUUAAAGCAAGAUAUCCUCAGUGGCAAGCUAGAAUGUCCAUUUGAGACAGCGGUGGAGUUGGCUGCCUUCUCGCUACAGGCUGAGCUCGGUGAUUGUGACCCAUUAGAACAUAAUCUGGACCUGGUGUCAGAAUUUCGAUUUGUCCCCAACCAGACAGAGGACGUUGAGCUAGCAAUAUACAACGCAUGGAAGGAGUGCAGAGGUCAGAUGCCAGCACAAGCGGAAAUAAACUACCUGAAUAAAGCCAAGUGGCUAGAAAUGUACGGGGUGGACAUGCAUAUGGUGAAGGCACGAGAUGGUAACGAGUACAGUCUGGGUUUGACACCUACUGGAGUUCUGGUGUUUGAGGGAGAAACUAAGAUAGGGCUCUUCUUCUGGCCCAAGAUCACUCGUCUGGAUUUCAAGAAGAGUAAACUGACGCUUGUGGUAGUGGAGGAUGAUGACCAGGGCAAAGAACAGGAGCACACCUUUGUGUUUAGGAUGGACCACCCCAAGGCCUGUAAGCACCUCUGGAAGUGUGCUGUGGAGCACCAUGCUUUCUUUAGGCUGAGAGGACCCGUACAUAAGAACUCUGCACGCUCUGGAUUCAUACGCAUGGGAUCACGCUUCAGAUACAGUGGAAAGACAGAGUAUCAGACAACCAAGGCCAACAAAGCAAGAAGGUCAGCGUCGUUUGAGAGGAGGCCCAGUCGACGUUACUCUAGAAGAACCAUGCAGAACAGAGGACCAUUCCAUCCCCAGGAGUUUCUUUCCUCAGGCAACGGAGUCAGCAAAGGUAACAAGUCUUCUCCCAGUAGAGGUGCCUGGUCAGGUGUGCCUGUGGUCAGCCCGGUAGCUGCUUCUGCCUGUGCACCGAUGGAAAUCGAGGCUCUACCCAGGAGUCCUGGAGGAGAAAAAAGGAGUUUGCCCAUGGCUGCAGACCUGAUGGAGACAUGCAUUGACGAUGUCCUCAGGGCUCCUGUUGGUCCCUCAGCUGCGGACGAGGCUGGACCAAGCAAUGCCUUUGCCGCCCCCAGCGUCUCCGGGGAGGAUCAUCUCGGCCUCACUGAAGCAGCAGCUCGUCUGAAGCAGCUGGAGUUGGAGAGCAGUCCGCUGCUUGGUACUCCGAAAAAUAACAUCAAUGUUAAUAUGGCCAUGAAUAAUCAGGAGGAUGUGGUGAAGCUCACAGAGAAGUGUGGUCUCAGCAGUACAGGAAGCAGUCCAGUUGUCACUCCACUCUGCACCCCAGAGGAUCUGAAGAGUAACAUCCUGAAAGCACAAGUUGAGGCUGCUGCCCUCAAGGGAUCCUUGGAGGAACAUGUCAUCAUUCUUGGAGAUAAAAACUGUAACUUGCAGGAGGCCUCUGCCAGGUUGAAAGUGCGCACCGGGCGAAUGGGUAGUAACUCCUCUCUGUCUGUCAGCAGUCGCCCUGACAUCCAAGACUCCUGGGAUCUGCUCAAGCCAGCCUCACUGGUCUCAUCUACAGGGGCCAGUGCAGAGAGGCUCGCUGAAGAUUUAAACUCCUCUGUUCCCAAGAUGCCCUCUGAGUCUGCCACCGAAAGCAUGGCACCAAAGGUUAUAGCAGAGGAAGUUGACCUGCAAAACACUGUUGCCCCGCUGUCCGACAACCUGAUCGAUUUCACUGAUCCAACCCCUGUGCUACCACCAGUGCAGCAGCCCAAACCUCUCAUCACACCUCGCUGGAUCAUUCCUACAUCUGCUCCUCCUGGCGUCUUUACUAAUGGCCUGCUCGACCUUGAUCCCCCUGCUAAGGUCAACCCUCUUCUCCCUACAGAUGGGGGAGCAGCUCUCACCUCAGUCCUCCCCCAGCUCGCUCACACACGUAACACCAUCUCCACCAGCACUGCGGAUCAGCAACCAACCUCAGAGGAUGGGGCCAAACCCAGAGGUCUCCUGACCACUGAGCUCUGAUGGAGAAAUGAGGAACAUCACAACAUUUGUCUCUGAGACUGUUUCCCAGCUCCCCACUUCUCACCCCAUCACCCAUCCACACACAAGCAAGCUGGGCCAGAUGUGCUGAACGCUGAGGGCUGAGAGGAAACCAGGGAAGAGGCAGCUUACAAACACACUUGUACCCAUUCUCACAGAUUGCACACACUCAACUCACUACAUAAGAAGUUAAUAGGAAUUUUUUGACAGUUUUUCAUGAUAACGUGACACAAAGCCUAAUUUUUCAACAAAUAUUUAGUUCAAGUAUUAACAUCUUAAGAACACUUGUGAAUCUCCUGUCUGAAUUUACUGUCAGUGACCUGCCAUUUGCUCAAUCCAUCCAGUCAACAAACAGAGGUCAAGCUGGGGCUAACUCAAAAAAAAUCUUAUGACACUGCAAGGUACGUUGCAUGAAGGCAUCCACCACUGGUGUAAAGGGUAGGUUGUCUCUUUUAGCGCUGCUUUCCUCCACCUUUUUCUGGCUCAUGCUGUUUAAUCACUGGUUCUUUACACCACUGGAUUCUGUUACUCUGAGCUUUCCUGCACACUCACAGAUGACACAGCACAUAGGGGUGCUGACGUACACUGGAUGACAGACUGAAAAGAAAGACAGACUGACUGAAAAUGCUGAUUCUUAGAGAUAAACACGCAUGGACUCUUAACACGCUGAAACACAUGAAUAUGAUACUGUCUUCUUCACUACCUGUGAAACUCUUCUGUCGGCAGCCACUGGAUAUGAAAAACUUCACUGGAUUAUCUUUGAGACACUGGACCUUGAAAGAUUUCUUUGCAAAGGAUGACAAUAGAGAUGAUCUUUUUUUUCAGCUGAUGUUUUUAUCAUCCUCCUACUUUUUUCUCUUUUUGAUGUUUUAAUUUGCCCAUCGCAGCAUUCUUGAAUUCAUAUGUUUUGGUACCAGCAUCAUAAGGGACUGAACAUCACUAAUGAAAGUUUGCACCCUCUGUGUUCUGCUCUUCCUCCAUUUAUGUUCUUUUCAUGGCUUUGAGUCAAAGGUGACAACGUAAUGACAUGAGGUUUAAACAAUUUAAGAUGAGAUCCUAAACUUUGUUUUCACUUGAAACCACUGCUUCCACCUGUGGCAAUUUUUCAUUCAUAUUUAUUUUAACCUCUAAAUUAGCAAUGUAAAUGUGACAAGUGAAAGCAAGAGGCACCUCAGUUGCUAUAGAAAAGUUAACUGUGAUCUCUGUUUUUUUUAUACCUAACUGGAUAUCUGAGUUCAUUUUGGACAGUUGUAGACAUGCUGUAGUUACUACCCUGCCUUAUAGAAAUGAAUGUACUCAAAUAGUCUCAUCUGAGAAUGCUGGAGACACCACAGUAUGAAAAGUUUAACAUUUUCUGAAAAUCUCAAUUGCUGAAGUUUGGAACAGGAGAAAAACUUGUAAAAUAUCUUAAAGGGACAGUUCCCCUCCAUAUCAAAAAUCCAUAUUUUUA